GUCAUUGUGGUGCUGAGGUUUUUGCGAAGCAAAAAUGUCUGUCUGCAUAAGGUUAACUCGCAAGUGACAUAUAGGGGAUAUUUAGCUAAAUAUUACAACCUAAACCACGAUUUUACAGUAUUUGAGUCGCGUUACAGGAAAACGAAGCUCCAUACUACCACACCCGAUCGCCCUAGUUGGAAUUUUAAAGGGGAAAAGGUAAAAUAUUGUAGUGAGUUUGUCAAAAAAGGUUUCGGACUGGGUGAAAGAAGUUGGGAUACAAGAGACUGGAGCUGGUAUGGAGUAAAGGGUCUAAAGAUUGGCAGGAUGAAUCCUCAACAGCGGAUUGCCGCAAUUGGCACAGACAAGGAAUUGAGUGAUUUGCUGGAUUUUAGCGCGAUGUUUUCUCCACCUGUAAAUAGUGGGAAAAACCGACCAACCACUCUUGGAAGCAGCCAGUUCAGUGCACCAGGUAUGGAUGAGAGGCCGAGCCAGGCAUCGUCCUCCUGGGCCCCAGGUGGCCAGUCGUCCAGUCCCUCCUACGAGUCCUCCAGGGGUUUGGCAGACAGCCCUCAUUAUGGUGAUCACUUGAGUGGCAGUCGAUUAGUGUCCCAUGAAGGAUUGUCCCAGACACCUUUUAUGAACUCCAGCAUAAUGGGUAAAUCAGCAGAGAGGGGUCAAUUUCCACCCUAUGGGAGAGAGCCUGGCGUGUCUGGCUGCCAGGCCAAUCUGCGGCCGGACAUUGGUCUGGUAAGUCCUGGGCCUGUGACCACAUCGGGGAAAACGGCCCCUCCCUUCUACCCUCCCUUCACCGGGGCCAACCCCAGAAGACGCCCCCUACCGGAACCUACUCCCAUUGAUCCUCUACAAACAAAGAAAGUUCGCAAGGUCCCUCCUGGUCUGCCUUCAUCUGUGUAUGCCCCGUCUCCCAACACAGAAGACUUCAACAGAGAUUCUCCCUCCUACUCAUCUCCCAAACCCCCCAGCAGUAUGUUUGCAACCACUUUCUUUGAUGGGUCCCACAACUCUUCUGAUCCGUGGAAUUCCUCCAAUGGGAUCAACCAGCCUAGUUAUGGAGGAAUGCUGGGAGGAUCUUCAUCUCACAUGCCGCAGUCAGGAAAUUACGUCAACAUGCACUCACAUGACCGCCUGAAUUACCCUCCACACUCUGUAUCGCCGACAGACAUCCAUGCCAGUCUUCCUCCAAUGUCCAGCUUCCACCGCAGCAACGCCAGCACUUCACCAUUCGUUAACCCAACACACACCCCGCCUAUCAACACCACCGACGGGGUCAUGGUUGCUGCAAAUCGGGGGAACGCCUCUGGAAGCCAGCAGACUGGAGAUGCACUGGGCAAAGCUUUGGCUUCGAUUUACUCACCUGACCACACCAGCAGUAGUUUUCCAUCCAACCCCUCCACCCCUGUAGGAUCUCCGUCGCCCCUGACUGGCACAGCAGGUGCUGCCGCCUCAGCAGGUACCAACCAAUGGUCGCGUGGUGCAGCCGGACAGAGCCCCUCCUCCCCCAACUAUGAGAACUCCCUGCACUCACUGAAAACUCGAGUCCAUCAGCAGCUUCAUGAGCAUCUCCAGGAUGCCAUGUCAUUCUUAAAGGAUGUAUGCGAGUCUCGGAUGGAGGAUCGCCUGGACAGACUGGAUGAUGCCAUCCUCGUCCUGCGGAACCAUGCCGUGGGCUCCACCACCAGUCUGCCCAGCGACAUACACAGCCUGCUGGGACAGAAUGGGCCAAUUGCAACCCUCGGAGCAAACUUCCCUGCCGCCGGAUUGGUUGCUAGUCGGACAGCAGCAAUGGGUGGUUCUCACCGGGAUGAGGCUGGCAGUUUGAUCAACAGUCACGUAGGGCCGCCCAGCGUGGGCUCCAUGUCCAACAUGUCCAGCAUGUCCACCGCUGAACUCAACCACCAAGUGGAAACCUUCAGAGGUCUGGCUGCAGGUCUGGCUGGUCAGGUGGCUGCAGCCCUGGAGCUGAAGGUAGAGAACCAGGACAGAGACGACAUGCAUGAUGGCCACUCCUCCGACGACCUCGGCUCUGGAGACGAAAGCGACAAGAGAGACAUCAAGACUCCCAGAGGAGGCACAAGGACAAGCAGCAUCAAUGAGGAUGAUGACAACCUGAACCCAGAGCAGAAGGCUGAGCGGGAGCGCGAGAGGAGGAUGGCCAACAACGCCCGCGAACGCCUGAGGGUGCGAGACAUCAAUGAGGCUUUCAAGGAGCUGGGCCGCAUGGUUCAGCUGCACCUGAAGAGCGAGAAGCCCCAGACCAAGCUGCUCAUCCUGCACCAGGCUGUGGCAGUCAUACUGAGCCUGGAGCAACAAGUCAGAGAGCGGAAUCUGAACCCCAAAGCAGCCUGCCUUAAGAGGAGGGAAGAGGAGAAGGUGUCUGGCCAUGGGAUCUCUGGGGACCAGCAAGCCCACCAUGGGGUCCACCCCGGCCUCACCGACACAUCCAACCCCAUGGGCCGACUCUGAGGAGCACACAGAUCAACAUGAUCCAGAUCAAUUCUGUAAGAUAGAGAUGGUGCCCUUGCUUCCUAAUGGCAGACAGGACUCACAGUUUGUGACACAAAUUGGAGGCGACAGACCACUUGAAGCUAAACCCCAGACUAACGCAAUCCUUAGAUUGAAGAAAAGCCCAGUGUCCAGGUCCCUGUGAUGACAUCCAACAUAUUUCUGCCCACGAGAAAACUUCAGCACAUAUCACUGUCUGCAAGCAGCGUGUCGCAUCUGAACAAUCAGAGACUGUCGCGAUCUACUCCACCCUCCCAUGUGGAAGUUUGCCUUGUGCCUAAACUGAAUUGACGAAUGCAUUGUAACAGCAAUUAUGUUUAUUUGUUUUGUAUUAUGUUUUCUAUUUAUUAUGUUACUGAGCUGUAAAGUCUAUGUCUAAAGGGAAAGUUAUGAAUAUGCUUUAAGAAGCCUGUGGCUUUUCAGUUGAUCUACAGUUUGCCAGUGUCACUAGUAUGGCCCAGCCCUUCUCCCUCGCCAGUCUCGGGCACCUGAGCUAAGAUUAAGAUACUCAGGCUCCUGAGAAAGAUACAAAUUAAUAUAUUUGGCAAUUUAAAGUGAUCUUUAGGGCCCAACUAAAAAUCAUUUGGCGGUAUUGAGUACUAAAAGACUUAAGCAUCCCAUUUAGAAAAAGAACAUAUAUUAUUUAUAUUUUAUUCAUGCCGCAAUGAACAGCAUGUUUAAACCAAAACAACCUGCUCAUGUGUCCGUUUGGUAUAGCUCAGUCUUCAUGUUACUGACAUAAUUAGAGGAAGAGGAGUUGACAUAAGUGGUGGGUAUGAGCCCAGCUAAAUAGUGUUCCACACAUACACUAGCCUGAACACUAUAAACUCUGUGUCACAGGUGACAGAAGAAUGGCAAACUCUAGUUUUCCUGAAAGGUCAACUAAAGACUUAUAAGGUGUUUAUUAUCAGGAGUGAGCAGUUCAAAUACAGAAAGCAAACCAUUUACAAACCUUAGCAUUCCCUGCAUAUUUCUUAGUGUCUUAACUAAAGGAAAAGGGACUUCACUGCCUUUUCAUUCCUUUGCCAUAUAGUGUUAAAUGUAAACAAUGACAUAUUUCUGAUAUUGCAGUUUGCUUUCUGUUAUUACAGUAUGGUCUCUGGUUAGUUGAACAGCCGUGGUCAUGCUCUUUGUAAUAGCCUAGCACUGUCUUAUCAAAGAUUGCUUAGUGAAAAAGUAGAAUCAAAACGACGACCACAAUAUCACCUGGCCUGAAUUAAAUUUUCACAUAACUUUUUUUCUGUUAAAAAUAACUAAAGAAAAAAAAAGUAAAAAAAAAACAUUAUUCAAAGUUAUCAAAAGUUAUAUGUUUAUUUGUAAUUGUAUACAAAUCAUUUCUCUAGGCUUCAUAGUAAAGCAUAUGAUGUCAAGCGUGAAAUAGCAGAGAGGAGUUCUAAGUUAUUUAGAAUGGCUUUGUUUUGAUCCAAGCAGUGAAGUUACUGGUGAAGGAAAGGGAAGGGGGAGCUUUAAGAGUUCACAUGCUGUUAAACAUCACAAACAGCUGGUCCUUCAGAUAGGUAUAGUACAAUGAUGAACAAACGCAGUUUUGAGCAGAUUUUUUUUUUAUGUUUCAGGAUGAAGAACAAUGGUCACCACUUACAUUUUUAUCUGUGCGCAUGCUUUACUUUCUUUAAAAAAAGUAUUUUGGUCUUAACUCCUGGUUUUUAUUCCAUUUGUUUCCUUGUAUACUGUCUUCCAUUAUUAUCCACCUUUAAAACAAGGCUGCCACAUCCAGAGCCUAUUCUGUUAAAAUAAAGUCAUAGAACGAAGGAUGCCAUUGAGAACCACUCCAAGGAGUUUAUACAUUUUUUGGGGGGGUUUACAAUCAUUUUCUUAUUGUGAUAAAUUUGGAAACGUAUUGUUGUAUUUUCUCUGACUGUAUGUGGCCUUGUUCAUCAUUUCAGUAUUCAUGAGCUUGUAUUCAUGUUACUGGCAGACUCUGAUUGAGGUUAAAAUGUAUGUCACUGCCUGCUCUGUCAUUUCCCCCGUAAUUUUAGAAUGUUCUGCUGUCUGUCUCUUUGCUCCUAUGUUAGACUUUUCUGUAUUCCCAGCUGAUUUUUUUCCUCGUAUAAUAUAUGAAAAAAUAACAAAAAUAAGAUUUAAAAAAACAAACAUUUGGCUUAUUUUUCACUGUAGUUAUUAGUAUUUUAUACAAUAAUAUUGUAAGAACAUUUCUUGAAUUCUAAAUUUUACUCUUUCUAGAUUUUUUAAAUCGAAAGUUUUGAGUAAAAAGUUUCUUACUUUAUUUUACUAUAUUAGAUAGUAAAAUGUAUGGUUAUUUACCAUAACCUGACCAUUAUUAUCUGAAACAUACAAAUAGCAUCCUAAAACAUAGUAGGAUUGUAGCUGGCAGUCUAGUACAUUGAGGUAUUGUACAAGCUCAAAUGUUAUGACGGUGUGCUCUCCAUCUUGAUCUUCAGUCUCCAUUGUUGGUGGAUAAAAGAUAUGUACUUGUGUCCAAAAAGUCUAGGUAUUGUUGAUGCACAUCAAAAACUAGCAGCAAGAAAUCUAACUAUCUGUCUCUGUAACAGAAAACACAGCAUGUAAAUAACAUUUAUGUAGCAAUAAAUGUGCCAUCUUUUUUAACACAAUUGUGGAUAUAUUUCCUUCUUUGGACGUCAUCUUUAUUUUCUGUUUCUCCACCUUUCAUUUUCCAGUUAUUUACAUUCAAUUUAGAAUUUUGUGAUUGUUUUAUGAAAUGAUGUGCUGGUGGCGCAUUUGGUUGAGCUCAAUACAAGUACAGUCCCAUGAUGUGUUCACUCAAGUGAGCUACUGACUCAACAACCCUUCCCUGGUUUUCCCCCUCAGAAGACUUUUCUACAGUGGAUCUUAGCCAAAUGAGGAACUCUGUGCAAGAGUGUGUUUUAUAGUAUGUUACUAAUUUUUAAAACAAUAUCAGUGGACCAUUGUAGUCUGUAUGGAAUAUAUGUUUCUAUUUUUAAUAAAGUGUGAUAGCAGCAUA